AUGAGCAAGGUUGUUCUUGAGGGACUGACCGAUGUUCUUCAGAUGGUGAUGAUAAGAAACACGCUUGUACAUCUUGUGAUGCACGAUAUAAGAGGAGUGAUGCGUUCCGCAGACAUUGGAAAACAUGCGCGGGGAGGCUGGCCUCGGGGGACCAAAUCCCGAAGCGGGGUCUAUCUGGCAAGAGAAAGAGAGCAUGUGUACUGUGCACCUCCCGGAAGCGAGCUUGUUCUACUGGACAGCCGUGCUCGGGAUGCCUAUCGCAAGGUACAGUGUGCACUUAUAACGGAAUUCUAUGGCGCCUUUACCGCAUUCAAUCCCAACUGUUUGGUGAUUCACGCUCUUCGUCGGAGACAAUUAUCCCAUGGAUUCUCGCAGGUUUCGAUUCAAAAACUGGAACCUUUGAUUGAAGGUCAAAUGGAAAUAUUCAUCAGAAAACUUCGAUCACUUGUAGGUAGUGGCGAGACUUUUGAUUUCAAGACCAUUAUUUCUCUCUAUAUAUUGGAUAUCUUGGGCGAAGUGGCCUUUGCCAAGCCUUUCGGUGUACAGGAAAAGGGAUAUGCGGAAGAGUUGCAUGCCAUCAAUGAUCAUCUUCUACUGGCUGGUGUCAUUCGCGAACUGACUUUCCAAAAUUUUUGGAAGGCCCUGUCAAGAAUGUCUCCAGUGUCAUGGAUGCGACAAUUGAUGAAAAGUAGAAAUAAUCUGAAGACCGUUUGUUCAGAUUGCGUUAAGUUCAAGAUGAAAAACACGUCUCAACGGCCUGAUCUCCUAAAGAGCCUCGUAGAGGCGGCCGAUCCCCAGUGUGGUGCUCGCUUAACUGAACAAGAGAUCAACUCUGAAGCAUUUGCCGUUCUGUAA